AUGCCUCGCGGUGAUCCGCCCCCGCAGUGGCGGGAGGAGACUUCUGCCCAGGGCUUCCGGCAGCCCCUGGAGCUGAACCAGCUGAGGACAUACACCUUGGCCAAGCUCGCCCUCCCCCGCCUGAGGAAGAGCCGAGGGAAUGUUAUCAUUCCCUUGGGACUGGCGAUCGGCCAGUCCCAGGCAGAUCCUUAUGUGGCCACCAAGGGGGCAGUAGCGGCCAUGACCUAAGCCUUGGCCCUGGAUGAGAGUCAGCAUGGCGUCCGCAUCAGCUGCAUCUCCCCAAGGAACAUGUGGACCUCACUGUGGGAGGAGCUGGCAGCCUCCAGGCCUGACCCUAAGGCCACAGUCCUUAUCCCUGUGUCUUCCCAGCCCCUAGGCCCCGUGGGCCAGCCAGCCCAGGUGCGGGCCGCCGCAGUGUUCCUGGCCUGGGACUCAGAAGCCAGUUUCUGCACAGGCACUGAGCUGCUCGUGACCCUGGGUGCAGCAGAGCUGGAGUAUGUGUGCAAGGCCAGGUGGGGUGCCCCGGUGGAGGCCCCCGUCAUCCCUUCCUGAUUUUCCACACUUCUCCUUGGGCUUCCUUGACCAGGACCCUCCCGCCCCAGAUUCAGUCUCCCCCAAAUUCCAGCUUCUGCCCUUUGCCCCUCAAGUGUAGCCCCCAACUCUAGACAUUAAGCCCACUUACCGGUGUGCCAAACCACCCCCACGAGGGCCCAUAAAAGCGAUCUGCAGCCACAAGGAGGAGGGCAUCGGUACAUUUAUUUUCCAUCCUUCACGAGUCCCGCCAGGGCGGGACCCCUUACAACCCAGCCCAGCCCAAGCGUGGCCUUGACCCGAGGGCCUACAACUCCCAGCAGGCCUUGCAGCAGGAGGCUCUCGCCGGGGGCGUCUGGGAAACGAAUUGCAGUUAGGCUUCACCGGUGCCCUAGUUAAAAGGUUCGCAGGGGAGAGAUAAUUAAGCUGUAAUUAAGAGCUAAUGGAGCAGGUGAAGCACGAGGGCCUCCUCUUUAUUCUUGGCCUUUAGGGGAAAGGAGUUUUGACCUCGCCGCCUGCAGAGUAGGAAGGUGGUCCGGGCCACAAUUUCUGAGGGAAGAGGAAGCUGGAGGUUGAGACUCCUGGAACAGAGAGUGGGGGAGCAGGGGGUCCGGACUCCUGGGUUUGGGGGAGUCGGGACGGGGUGGGAGCUUGGAAACUGCGGGGCGCACAACCCGUGUCUAGGGACGGCCGACGCCGGAUCCACCCUGGUGGGGCGCGGGGCUCGGUCCCGUGCGUGCGCCCCCGGCGAGGGUGUGGGGUUGGUUGCCUGGCUACUGCGGAUUGGCCGCGGCUGAGUGUGGGGCGAUUGCUGAUUGGCUGGGGCGGCCCCAGAUUGGAG